GUCGCAAACCGCUCCAAUGACGACGGACCCGUUGGUCUCUGUCAUCUACAAGGAGCUUGAAUCUCUCCGUCGGUGAGCUCAGGCAAACAUUUCUUCUUCUGCUUAGUCGUAUCGGACUUUUUCCCGGAAAAAUCUACUCUCUUUCUGGGGAAACGAAUCAUGGGUCGUCUAAAAAACGCUCCUAUCAUGGAUUCUUCGCCGAUGAGUGGAGGAAAAAUGCUGUCUUUUUCUUGUUUGAAUUUGUUUUUUUUUUUUUUUGUCUCUGUAAUAGUUCAUCAGAGUAUCACAAACGUGAUCAUCAACACAUUGUGUUUGGUUUUCGGGUAAACCUUUCUUUUUUCUUUUUAAUUGAUGUCGGUUUCUCGUCCAUCACUUCAAUACCUAAUUAUUUGUCCAGCAUUGUUAAUUUGGUGGGUAAGAUAUCUCGAUUUCAGUUUCUAAUCAAUUGAGCAUAAAUGGUUGUUAAAUCUUCGGAAAUCUUGCUUCUUUUUUCAAUCUUUGACUAUUUUUAACCUUUUUGGUUUAUAGGAUGGAGCGGAAAUUUCAUGCUGCUGGGUAUCUUGAUUCUCUCUGAGUUCUUGGAAUCUCUCAGGGAUAACGAAAUUGAUUCAUAGAUGGUCAAGUUGAUCCAAAUUUUGGAUUUUUAUUGUUCCAAUUUCUGUCUGCAAUGAAGAUGCGUAACCCUUUCGGGAGGUUUUGUAAUGUUGAAAUCCGCAGACUGUUGUGGAUCAUCAUUGUCACAGUUAGUGUUCUCCUUGUUGUUGUCCAUUGCUUUGGUCUUCCCUGUUGCAAAUCUUUGUCUCGCCAAUCUCCAGAUAAUGUUUCGGCCAUCAUUGUUGCAAGCGAUGUGGCUGUUUCCGGUGAUUUUGGAGGAACUGAAAGCUCAGUAUCCAAAAUAAUGAAUUAUACCAAUAUCUCUGAUGUUGGAGAGGAUGAUGAGUAUGAAGAGGAAGAAUACAAUGAAGGAGAAAAGGAGAAGAAAAGAGCUUUCUCGUUGGAGGCAGAAGCUGAUUCUGGAAGAAUCAAUGAAGGAAAAAAGCUAAAUUUUUCUGUCAAUAUCGGAACAAAUGUAUCGUGGGGAAGUAGUAAAGGAGCCAUUGAUAGUACAGUUGCAAAUUCAAACAAGUCUCUGGUUGUGCAGAGCAAAGUUAUGAGUUCUGUGAUAUCGAUAUCUGAGAUGAACUCGAUGUUAGUCCGGAGUCUUUCUUCUUCUCAUUCACAGCGGCCUCGAUGGUCAUCUGCUCGCCACUCUGAGCUGUUGUCUGCAAAAUCCCAGAUCGAGAAUGCUCCUAUUGUGAGGGACACUCCAGGACUUGACCCUUCAGUGUACCGAAAUAUCUCCAAGUUUUAUAGGAGUUACGAGUUGAUGGAGCGGAAACUCAGAGUUUACGUGUACAAGGAAGGAGAGAAGCCGAUAUUCCAUAAGCCAAAGCCCCGAGGGAUUUAUGCCUCGGAAGGUUGGUUCUUGAAACUCAUGGAAGGAAACAAGAAGUUUACGGUUAGAGAUCCCCGAAAGGCUCAUUUGUUUUACAUGCCCGUUAGCAUAAGAAUGCUAAGGAUGGCCUUAGGACGAGAUUUUCAGACACCAAAGGAACUAUCAGACUACUUGAACAAGUAUGUCAGUUUAAUAGCAGGAAAGUACAAGUUUUGGAACAGAACUGGCGGAGCAGAUCAUUUCCUUGUCGCUUGCCAUGACUGGGGAAAUAAACUGACGAAAAAACCGAUGAAGAACACUAUCCGAUCUCUUUGCAAUGCUAACAUUGCCCAAGGCUUCAGAAUUUGGAAGGACACAUCAUUACCGGUCACAUACAUACGCUCUGCCGAGGCUCCUCUCGAGUAUGUAGGAGGAAAACCGCGGUCGGAAAGACAGAUUCUUGCAUUUUUCGCAGGAAGCAUGCACGGAUAUCUCCGUCCUAUUCUUCUCCGAUAUUGGGAGAACAAAGAACCUGACAUGAAGAUUUUCGGUCCAAUGCCUCGUGACCCCGAAAGCAAAAAACAGUACCGAGAGUACAUGAAGGGCAGCAGGUACUGUAUUUGUGCGAGGGGAUACGAAGUUCACACGCCUAGGGUCGUCGAGGCUAUAGCUCACGAGUGCGUUCCCGUGAUUAUUUCGGACAAUUACGUUCCACCCUUUUUCGAGGUGUUGAACUGGGAGACAUUCUCGGUGUUUGUUGAGGAGAAAGACGUACCGAAUCUGAGGAAUAUUCUGCUGUCGAUUCCCGAGGAGAAAUAUCUUAAGAUGCAAGCAAGGGUUAAAAUGGUGCAGAAGCAUUUCUUGUGGCACAAGAAACCUGUGAAGUACGACCUUUUUCACUUGAUCCUGCAUUCGAUUUGGUACAACCGGGUUUAUACGAUUAAACCCAGAUAAAAAAAAAAAAACAUCCUUCACAAGUGUCCGUUAAGGAUAAAUGAUUUUCAGAAGCCGUUGUCUUCCUCUUGAUUCUGUAUAUAGAUCACCGAGACUCACCUAGCUGGUAGAUCAAAUAAGAUUUGGGUCUGUAGCUAUGGAUUUAGCAAUCUUUCUGGCCACAGAUUAAAGGUUCUAGAGCUGAAGAAAUCAAUGUUUAGAUUUUGCUAA